CUCAUGUUACAUUGUCACAGCAAUCACUAUGAGUACGCUGGCAGUGUACAGGAGCAUCUACACGGAAGAACAGUUCAAGAAGAUCUAUGGCACGUCUAAAGAUCUGGAGAGGCCUCCACUGAAGCUUAGGGAUAGAUUCACAAGGAGCUGUGAAUGUUCUUCUCAUGCUUUCCACAAAUAUCUAAAAAGAAGGAUCCCAAUUGUGGGCUGGCUACCCAGGUACAAGUUCAGAAAAUGGAUUUUGGGGGAUCUAAUAGCUGGCCUAACAGUGGGUAUAGUUCAUAUUCCACAAGGUAUGGCUUUUGCCCUCUUGACGUCAGUGCCACCUGUUUAUGGUCUUUAUACGUCUUUUUUCCCUGUUUUACUCUACAUGCUCCUUGGAACCGGACAUCAUGUUUCUACUGGUACCUUUGCUGUGCUGAGCCUAAUGACUGGUUCUGUGAUAGAUGAACAUCUUCUCCAGAAUCCAUUGGACAGAAACCUCACCGCUGAUGAGCAGUCUGAAAUAUAUGGCCAGCGAAUUGGGAUGGCAGCUGCUAUUGCCUUUCUUAUGGGCCUUAUAAUGGUUGUUAUGUUUGUGCUUCAGCUUGGCUUCCUCUCCACAUACCUAUCAGAGCCAAUAGUGAAAGCGUUCACCAAUGCUGCUGCUUUCCAUGUCACCAUUUCUCAAAUUCAGAAUAUGAUGGGGCUUCCACUUCCACGUCCUACUGGCUCUUUCACCAUCUUCAAGACACUGUCAUCCGUUUUCAGCGCUCUGCACUUGACAAAUAUUGCUGAGCUGGUGAUAUCGAUCCUGUGUUUGGUGGUGCUCAUUCCCAUUAAGGAACUUAAUGCCCGAUUUCGCACCAAGCUAAGGACUCCCAUUCCUGGGGAGAUCAUUAUGGUCUUAGUAGCCACAGGAAUUACAUUUGCCUCUUCUUUGGAUGUCCGAUACAAUGUUCAGAUUGUUGGAAGCAUCCCAGCAGGUUUUCCAACCCCAAAAGUGCCAACCCUGAAAGUCAUUCCUGAUGUGAUUGGUGAUACAAUCGCCAUAACCUUUGUUGGUUAUGCAGUGUCUGUGUCCCUUGCUAUGAUCUAUGCAGAAAAGCAUCAAUAUGCCAUUGAUCCAAAUCAGGAACUUUUUGCUCAUGGGAUCUCCAACAUUGUAUCGUCUUUGUUUAACUGCUUCCCCAGCUCGGCUACUCUGGCCACAACUAAUAUUCUUGAGAGUGCAGGAGGACACACGCAGCUUUCAGGAUUAUUCACAAGUUGUGUGGUUUUGGUGGUUCUGCUUUGGGUUGGACCUCUCUUUAAUUAUCUUCCAAAGGCUGUACUCGCUUGUAUCAAUGUUGUGAGCCUCAGACAAAUGUUCCUGCAAUUUCAAGAUCUUCCAGAACUAUGGAGAAUCAGCAAGACCGACUUUUCAGUUUGGGUGGUCACGUGGCUGGCUGUUGUAAUCUUGAAUGUGGAAGUGGGACUAGCAGUGGGAGUUGUGUUUUCGAUGAUGACCGUGGUCUGCCGAACCCAGAGGGCACAAUGUACAGUGCUGGGAAGAGCUGUAAACACUGAGAUAUACCGUCCUCUGGAGAAAAAUGACAAGUGCUUUGAAAUCCCAGGCCUAAAGAUCCUAUCGUAUAAUUCCCCCAUCUACUAUGGUAACAGAGACAUCUUCAAAGAAGAAAUGAGCAGGAUUGUUGGACUGACGCAAGAGAAGAUACGAAAAAGAGAGAAAGCGUUAAGGGCCUUAGAGAAUGGCAGGAAGAUGAGCAUUUCAGUUGUGGACUGCGGAAUAGCAAAUCCUGUUUAUAAUGCCGACGGUUCCAGCAUAAAGCCAGAAACAGAUACAGAGAUCAAGUCACUUAUCAUUGACUGCACUGGGGUUAUUUUUAUUGACAUUGCUGGAGCUCGUCUGUUUAUACAGAUGUGCAUUGCGUGUCAGAAGGCAGGGAUGCACUUACUACUUUCUGGUUGCAAUGAGAAGGUGCUGAGAACGUUGGUAUGCAGUGGAAUCAUGGAACAUUUAAGUGAGAAUCAGGUGUUUGUUACUGUGCAUGAUGCUGCCUGCUACGCUGAACAGAACAUGGACAGCUUUGCCUCAAAUAGCUCCAUGGUGUGGGUGUGAAAAACUCAUUUGUGUUUUCCAUAUGAUGAAAUAAUGCACAACGCCAUUGCUGGCCAUGAAGCAGGAGUUAGUUCACACUGUGAAUGAAUGAACUUGGAUAAAAAAGAGCAUGUAACCUUUUACUAACCCAAAGUAGAAAGGGGGAAAACAUCAAUGAAAACCAGUAUGGUUUGUUUGCAGUCAGAUACGAAGAAACUGCUGAGAAAUAAACAGGUUGUGUUACAGCACAUUAAUCAGAUAUUAAUCGCAACCCUGAAUGGUAUGUGGUCUCACAGUUAAUGGCUAAUGAGACAUCCAUGGCAAUGUGGCCUCCAUGGCAUGCAGGAAUAUGUUAUGCUAUUUAUGUGUUCUUAUUAAAAAUGUUUUAUUUAUGUAAUAAA